AUGAGUAGUAUUCGCGAGAUAGAUCUGAUUCCUUCCGAUGUCGUAUGUGAUCUUCGCAGCAUCGCGGAGCGUAUGAUCGCCGCCGACUACUUCCAAUAUUAUUUCCAAAGGAUGGAAUGGGAGGCUUUGAAUACGAAGAUUGGGACGCGGAUGUGUGCAACGAAAAUGUGUGUUAGGGUUUUGUUCGCAAGAGAGAAGAGACUCUUCGAGCACAUCUUCGAAGGUCUAGGAACAGCGACAAAUGAUGCCUGUUUCAUGGAAACCGUUAAAGGUCUCGCGGUUCAGCUAUUUAACUUUGUCGAAGCCAUUACUAUCAGCCGUUGUGCUCCGGAGAAGCUAUUUAAGAUCCUGGAUUUACACGAUACCUUCUAUGAUUUGUUACCUGAUAUCAACACUGUUUUCGACGGAAAAUCAGCCGAAUCAAUUAGAGUUCAAGUGAUGGAGAUUCUCUCGAGGCUGGCAGAAGCAGCUAGAGGAAUGAUAAACGAGUUCGAAAAUGCAGUGGUUAGAGUACCUGUUACUUUAAAUGGAGAUCUCAAGAACCAGUUUGUGGAACCUAAUGUUGGUUUUGGUACAGUUUGCAAGCAACAUGCUCUUUCUGCUGACAUCAUUAUACAUCUUUACUAUUAUUUUGUUCGGCUAAUGGGUCAGAAGGCCUCACAUGUUGCCUUGGAAUGCACUCUGCAAUCACAUCUUAACAUGGAGAACCAACACAAAAGCAGGCAAUAUAGGUUGCACCUUAAUUUCAAAAAAAUUUCUACAAAAGAGGAAACAGUCAAUCAUCCUCCAAAUAGUGUAAUCAAAGCUGAUUGGGUAAAACUAUAUCAAAAAUUUGCAAGUGAAGAAUUUCAGAAUGAAUUGCUAAAUGAGGUCGGAUGA